AUGUUGGAAGACAACAGUGGAAUUGCACGAGAGAUCGCUCAGUCGUUGGAGAAAGCGAAGGAACGGCAGCAGCAGAAGAAAGAGCGGAUGCUAGAGGAGGAGGACCCCCCAGAGAAAGUAGAGGCGAAGAUUCAGCAGCUGCUGCGGCUGGUGCUGGACACAGCAGCAGGCAUACCAGACUUCAGAGGGCCCAAGGGCGUGUGGACGCUGCAGGGGGAGGGACGGUGGGAGGAAGCUGCGGCGGCCAUGGGGAGAAAGUACGAGGAAGCUUCCCCCACGGUGGCGCACAUGGCGGUGGCAGCGCUGGUGCGGGCUGAGAUCGUGCAGCACGUGGUCACGCAGAACGUGGACGGCCUUCACUCCCGAAGCGGCAUCCCAUCAGACCGUCUGUCUGAGCUGCAUGGCUCAGUGUAUCGGGAGAGUUGCCGUGAGUGUGGGGCGAAGUACGUGCGUCCGUUUGAUGUCACUGCUGCCAGAGGGUCGUCCUACCACCGCCACAAGACUGGAAGGUUGUGUACCGCUGUGACUGGUGCUGGCACUGGUGCUGCUGCGUGUGACAGUGGUGCUGGCACUGGUGCUGCUGCAUGUGCCACUGGUGAUGAUGCUGGUGCUUCUAAAUCGGCACAUCCUACUGUUGAUGUAUCUGCCAGGGAGGAGUGUAACGAGAGGGAGGGGAACGAGGAGGAAGAAGAGGAGGAGGAGAAGCAACGGAGGGUGCCAAGUGCCCAGAAUCCUGUUCGGAAGCCAAGAAGUUCGGCAGCAGUGCGGGCUCGAAUGUCCACAGGAGGAGGGGGCGGUGUGAAAGAGGAAAGCCAGGAGGUGCUGGUGGGCAAUGGGAGGAAGAGGCAUGAACCUGGCAAGGCGAGUUUUGAGUUGACUCAAAAGUCAGCUCAGAUGUCCACAGGAGGAGGGGGCAGUGUGAAAGAGGAGAACCACGAGGUGCUUUUGGGUGAGCGGAGGAAGUGGCGUGAACCUGGAGCUGCGACUUUAGAAGAUUCUGAAGGCACUCCUCGAGUAGUGCUUCGUGAUCAUGAUGAGGAUAAAGAAGGUGAUGAUGCACAGAUGGACGAUGAGGGGGGUGUGAGGAGAUGGCGAGAAGCGGAGGAGAAGCAGCAGGGGAGGGGAGGGGAGGAGAAGGAUGAAGUGACAAGAGAGUGUGAGCGCAGGGGAGCGCGGGAAGAGGAGCAAGGAGAGGUGACGAAGGAAGGGGAGGAGGAUGGAGAGGAGGAGGGAGGGGGGGAGAGGCAUGAGGGUGGGGCCGUGUGCGGGGGCGAGUUGGUGGAUUCGAUAGUGCACUUUGGGGAGAGGAUAGACGAUGAGGAGUUGAGGACGGCGAGAGAGGCAUGCAUGUGCGCACACGUGGCGCUCUGCCUUGGCUCCUCCUUCAAGGUGCCACCAGCCAGCAAGCUCCCUCGUCUAGCAACUCACAUCGUGAUCAUCAACCUUCAGCGCACCCCUCUCGACCGCCACGCUUCCAUCACCAUCCGAGCUCGCAUCGAUGCCGUUCUCCCCCGCCUGCUGCACCUGCUGCACCUCCCCCUGCCCACUUACCACCGCCACUCCGACCCCCUCCUCUUACUCCUCAGCACCGCUCUCCACUCCCUCACACAUGGGCCUCACCUCCCCCUCUCCAGCGCUCCCCCCCUUUUUCCGCCACUCAAGCUAAGCACGCAACCUGCAGAGGAGAAGGGAAAGGGCGUGACUAGUGAAUCACCUCAGAAG